AGCAUUCCAAACUCACCGCACAACCCAAUGGCGGCCAUCUUCUCGAAGGCGGUCGACGCGGUUGUGGCGCUCUUCUCGCUCAUCAUUACCGUGGCGGCGCCGCUGUUCGACUCCCAGGUCGUCCUCCCGCGCAGCCUUUACCCAGCGCCGCUCGUGAACAUCUACCGGUGGUUCAUGGCCGAGUUCGAUCACUACCUAGUGGCCGACCCGCCGCCGUUCUUCCGCGGCCUCGUGUGGCUCGCUCUCGCCUUACUCUGGCCGGUUUGCGUUGCCAACCUCUACGGCAUCCUCGCGCGCCGCCGCUGGGUCGCCACCACCUCCCUCGUUGCCGGCGUCUACAUGCUUACAUACUUGUCUGCAAUAUUUGGGGAGAUGUUGGGUUCCGGGAGAGCAACACUGAAGCUGGUCCUGUUGUACGUUCCGUUCCUUGUAUUUGCUGUAACUUUAGUUUUGCGUGGCCUCUGCCCAUGCCCAGAGCUGGUUACUGCAGUUUCGUCAGUUGCAUCUUCUGCUCAGAAGAAGAGGGUCUAAGAUUCGCGGCAACUCGAUCAGGGAUCUCUUUUAUUGGAAAUGUGUUGGAAUAUUUGUUAGAAUAUGUGUACUAGUCAGUUACGUUUAGAUUUGGAGUUGUAUUAACCGAAGAAUCUGUAUCAGAUUUUUAUAACUCGGCUUCCUCGUAAAUAUGAGAAGAUUGCUGUUGUGGCCAUGUCAAUAUAGCGACCCUGGGUGACUGGUGUUAUAACUAUAGGGAGUCACCUAUAGUCAUAUCCUGAGAUGCCUCUGGAUGUAGGCUUUAGUUAACCUCAGCAACAAACAUCUUGAUCUUAAUGUCGCCUAUUCUACUAGCACAGUAACUCUUGUUCGCCCAAAUAGGCUAUUCCAA